AUGGAUUGGCCAGAAUAUGGUCCCUUGCCAUUUUUUCGUGGAGAAAUGUACAUGGUCAUAUUGCAGUCGGUUUUCUACGGUGGAGUGUUUCUUGUGGGAUUUUUCGGAAACAUCUUCGUUGUGUUGGCCGUAGUAUCGCAAUCACAGCUACGAAGUACCACUGAUUACCUCAUUUCAUCUCUUGCCAUGGCCGAUUUGCUCAUCAUCAUUUUUUGCCUUCCAACCACUUUGCUCAACAAUAUUUUAACAGGUAAGCGAACAUAA